UCGGACCUUCAUUUUUACGUUUAGUUCACCCGUUUCGCCGCUAGAUGAUCGCCAAUUUUUUAGUCUAUAAAUUGCACUAUUUUGAACUUAAUUCGCUCGCUCGCUCAAUAAACUAAAUAUAAAUAAAUUGUAAUAGUUUUAUGUUGUAUAAUUUGCGUAUGUACAUCAUUGUAAUCCAUAAGUACAUUACAUAACCUAUAUCUUAAUGUAACCAAGAUUUUAGUGUUUAUUUAUCAUUCAAGAACUUACAAGUGAAACUUGUAUUUUAUGCUAUUAUAUUAAGUGUUGAAUAUGAUCUGUAGAACAGUGUUAAAUCAAAUAAAACCUAAUUCAUAUUAUAAUUGGCCAAAGACUUGGUUUCUUGAAAAAUGCAGGGCUACAUCUAUUUAUAAUUUUCAACAAUGUCAAUUGAUACGAGUCUGUGCAACAAAUUUAGAGAUUUCGAAACAGAAUGUCAAAGAAAAUAUUGGCUUAAAACAACUCAAAGAUCUGUCACAAAAUGGACCUUCGUUCAGAGAUUUUUUACAGCCUGAAACUCGUCUCAAUGAUCCUAUUAUUGUGCCAGAUAUUCCUUACAUAAAAAACAUUGAUGGCUGUGGUCAAAAAAUUUAUUUUGAAGUAUAUGGCUGUCAAAUGAACGUAAAUGACACAGAGAUAAUAUGGUCAGUUUUAAAGUCACAUGGUUAUAGGAAAGUAGAAAAGUUAGAAGAGGCUAAUAUAAUUCUGCUUAUUACAUGUUCCAUAAGAGACAAUGCAGAGCAGAGAAUAUGGAACAAAUUGCAAUAUUUAAAUGGUUUAAGAAGAAAGAAACUAAAAUCUCUUAAAAAAAUUGGUUUAUUAGGAUGCAUGGCAGAAAGACUGAAAGAUAAAAUAUUAGAAAGGGGAAAACUAGUUGAUAUAAUAGCAGGGCCAGAUAGCUAUAAAGAUUUACCAAGACUUCUGUCAACAGUAGAGAAUGAAACUGCUAUCAAUGUUGUUUUAUCAUUUGAUGAAACAUAUGCAGAUGUUACUCCAGUGAGAUUGGAUCCUGAAUCAACUAAAGCAUUUGUUAUCAUUGAAAUACUUUUUAGUUCAAUCAUGCGAGGUUGUGAUAAUAUGUGUACAUAUUGUAUUGUGCCAUUUACUCGAGGAAGAGAAAGAUCACGACCAAUUGACAGUAUCAUUAAAGAGGUUCAGGCCUUAUCUGAUGAAGGGGUAAAAGAAGUAACACUACUUGGACAAAAUGUAAACAGUUACAGGGAUACAUCACAAUCAGAAUUUUACAUGAGUAAUUCUGCAGAAACACAUUUGGUGAAAGGUUUCAAAACUGUAUAUAAAAAUAAAAAGGGAGGACGCAGGUUUUGUGAUUUGCUAGACAAAGUUUCUCGCAUUAAUCCAGAAAUGAGAAUAAGGUUUACAUCGGCACAUCCCAAAGAUUUUCCAGACGAAGUUUUACACUUAAUAGCGGAAAGGCCAAAUAUUUGCAAACAAAUUCAUGUACCCGCACAAAGCGGUAAUUCGGAAGUUUUAGAAAGAAUGAGAAGAGGUUACACACGAGAAGCGUAUAUAAAUUUAGUAAAUCGCAUACGCGAUAUUAUUCCAAAUGCUUAUCUUUCCAGUGACUUUAUUGCUGGUUUUUGUGGAGAAACAGAAGAGCAAUUUCAAGAUACGCUAUCCUUGAUAGAAUUAGUAAAAUAUAAUAGUGCUUUCCUUUUUGCGUAUAGCAUGCGAGAGAAAACCACUGCACAUCGACGUUACAAAGAUGAUAUAGAACUAAGUGUGAAAAAAAGUCGACUUGAUAGAAUGAAUUCAGUGUAUAAAAAUGAAGUUCAGAAAUUAAAUAAAUUACAGGUCGGACAAUUCCAACUUAUACUUAUAGAAGGGGUUAGCAAACGAUCAGAUCAGUUUCUUCACGGAAGAAACGACGGUAACAAUCAAGUAGUAAUACCAUCUCUGAAUAUACCUAUUGAAAAACAUUCUAACGUAACUAGACCAAUUAAAACUGGCGAUUAUGUCGUUGUACAAAUUUCUGGCUCUACCAUAGCAAAACUUACAGGUAUACCUUUGUAUCAUUCGUCGAUAACGGAACACACAUCAUCCACAUUGUAAAUAAAAUAAAGUAGCCAUUUCUAGAAA